CAUCAAGAGCGAACGUUAUCUUUUAUUCAAAGCCAUUGUUAAUUAUUUUUGAACUGUAAACGUGAUUAUUUUGAGUGAUCAAAACGUUUCGUUGAUUGGAGUGUGGAAUUAAUGCUGGAACUGUUGAUUCACCUCGAGUAAGUCGAAAGUUCCGCUCUUGUGAUCACGUGUCCCAGCCAUCUUUAUCGACCGCACUGGUGAUACCAGCGUGCCGUCAUUGGACUUUACCAGUAUCACGUGAUCCCUGACGUUUCCGCGGUCGAGAGUCCCCCCACCGCUAGGAAAAACGUGUAUGCAGGGCCGGUGCUAGGCUCAGUGAGCCAAGAGAUAACCCAGGAGAGCCCCUCGAGGGACAAAGGACCUCAAGGGCGGACAUUGCGCGUUCGUUUCACCUGCUAAAGUGUUGAAAAAUUGAGUUGAACAUUUAAACCGAAGCCCUUAGGCCACUUUAAAGUACUCGGAGGAGUUUUGAUAAUCGGGGGGGUCAUAAAAGACACCUGUGCUCCGAUAUAUCUGUCAGUUGAUGGCCCGGAAGGACUCGAAAAAUCAUUAAUUAGAUUUCCACUGAUGAGAGAUAACAAUCAAAAGGGGAUUUGAGGUGUCAAAAUGACCGCAGACGACGUAAUGGAGUAAUUCUGUCUCUGUCAGUGUCAAAAUGAUUGGAUGAGGCACAACUGCGAUUGAAUAAACCAGCUCGAGCCUGCCCAGACAAAGGGGAGACGUAAUUUCAGGCUGUAAAUAUCGGAAUAGCUUCGGAGUAACUGGAAUUAAUUCAGACAUUGAUUUGCGACUGGCCGAGGGGUUGACGUUAAAAUGUACAGCAUGAACUACAUCGGAAAGUUUAUCAGCAAUUUUCGGGAUUUUUAUAAUGAAAUUAAUGCUGCUACCCUGACUGGUGCGAUCGAUGUCAUUGUCGUUGAACAGGAGGAUGGGUCUUUCAGCUGUUCGCCGUUUCACGUUAGGUUUGGAAAGCUUGGAGUACUCAGGUCGAGGGAGAAAGUGGUGGACAUAGAAAUAAAUGGAGAGCCCCAGCAGAUCCACAUGAAGCUCGGCGACUCAGGCGAAGCCUUUUUCGUCGAGGAAGUCCCCUACGACGGUUUCCACCGUCCCACCGAGAUCCCUCCGCACCUCGCGUGCUCUCCAAUCCCAGACGACAACUGCUUCCCACCCCCCAGAUUCCACCUGCUCUCCGAUCUCCCAAAGGAGCAGCACGAGAAGAUCCUCAGGGACUCUGUCCUCUCCAUCGAGCGUGAGAAGCUGGAGCAAAUGUCUUCACUGCCACCAGACCAGCGCGAGAAAUUCCUCAUCGAGCAGUUCUCUGACCUCCCAGCCGAGGAUCGUGACAAAUGGCUGCUGAUAGCCUCCAUGACGUACGAAGAGCGCGAUAAAAUCUUCAAGGAGAGCGUUAGCACAAUGUCGACUCUUCAGAAACAGCAGAUGAUCAGGGAUGAGUACUCAGCCCUCAAGAUCGAAGACAGGGAACGUCUCUUCAAGGAGAACUUCCCAGAGCUGCCCGCUGAACAGAGGCCCUCAUUCGAGAAGGCUCUACUCAACGACUGGAGAUCGAAAGACGAGAAGCAGGAGAAGAAUCCACCCCAGAUCGAAGAAGAAAUCUUCGACAUGGACAACAUCGAAGAGGAGGAGCCAAAGCCAGUGGUCUCCACCCCGAAGUCCUUCGUUGCCGUGACAUCCACCGAGAGAAUCAGGAAGAUAAGUGUCGUCAACAACGACUUCAGACCCAUCACCGACGAUCCCCAGAGCAGUGCCAAGGAGAAGUCGAGUGACGAGUCCAUCGUCAGUGCUGAGAAGAAGAGUAUCAAAGAGGAGGUGAAUGAGGAUGUCAAGACCCCGUCUAUGUCGAAGAGAAAGAAGAAGAGGAAGAGCACGAUGAAGAAGAAGGGCUCCCAGAGGAAGACCAGUAAUGGUAGCAGCAGUCAGACUGAAGUCAGUGAGGGAGAGGUAGCUGUUGCUGAAGUCACUCAGGGUGAAUCGGAGAAGGAGUCGACUCCCGUUGAGGCGUCUAAUCCCCCUCCAGACACUGAUUUUCACUUCUUCAGUGAUACAGAGAUAACUAAGAACCGGGAUUCUAGGCCAAGUUCACCAGUGCAAUCAGACACUGAGUUCGAGAUGAGGAAAAUUGAGCAAGAGGGGAAGGAGAGAGAUGCUGACAACAAGGGCCAUCAGCAGAGCUGGAGAUGGGGAGAGCUGCCCAGUCCUCCACCAGAGCCUUCGCAUCCCAUGAGCGCAUCAGCCACCUCUGCGCCCCAGACUGAUGCUGAGGCACAACGUUCAAUGCUCAGCGGUAUGUUCUCCUUCAUGAAGAAAACGUCGCGUGUUAGGCACAAUCCAGAGUCGGAGGGAAUUUAUCUCAGUGAUUUGAAUGCCGAUGAGUUGGAUCCAGAAGUAGCUGCGUUGUAUUUUCCAACUUCACAUCGUGGAGCUACCGUUGCCAAAGAGAGAAAAGCAAUGGACGAGGAAGAUACGGAAUCAGGAAAUGGUCCAAGUUUGCCCCAGAGUCCAAAUAGCGUAGAAGGUGCCAUUGGAGGUCCAAAAUCCCUAGAUAGUGAUUUUGAUGAGCAAAAACAAUCAUUGUUCGAUUCAAAUUUCGAUGUCAGCCUAUCAUUGUGCGGUGGACUUGAUACUGAUAAUGGUCCAACUGAAGAAUCAUUUCAUCAAAAUCAACUGCGAUUCGAGGACAUUUGCACCGACAUUAAACUAUUUGAAAAUCCAAAUUUGGUUGUUAAGAUUAAUGGAAAGUUUUACAAUUGGACAAGUGCCUGUCCAAUUAUUGUCACAUUAGCUGCUUAUCAGAGGUGUUUGCCACAGCACACUAUUGAAAAUUUGUAUUCGUUGCCAAUGCAUCAAGAUAAAAAGGAGGGAAGUGUACUUCAGGAUGUUAAGGCUGAUGAGGUGAGGAGUGGGGGGUACAGCUCAUGGUUCUCAUGGAGGAGAUCAGCCUCUCAGCCACCGAAGAAAUCAUCAGAGAUCAAUGAAGAUGGCCCUAAAGGCCACAUUACUGAGCUGAAUGGUGGACUGAAGCCAGCAGCUGUUGAAGAGGCAAUUGAUACUGAACCAACAACAGAAUUGAAAGAGGAGCCCACUGAGGACACCCCAGCCCCACCAGGAUCAGAGUUACUUCUCUCAAGCAGUCCAGAGGACCCAAAAGACACCUCGAAAACCUCUGAAAAAUCCCCAGAGCGUGAGGGUGAGGGCUACAGUGGCUCUGAGGACUCAGACAGCAAUCAGAACGAGCCCCAGGGUGUGAAGAUCCCCAAGGAACGAAGGCCCUAUUACGAACCCACCGAGAAAUACAGGAAGACCCUGAGAUUAUCCUCCGAGCAGAUAGCGAGCCUAAAUCUGAAGGAAGGUCCCAACGAAGUGGUUUUCAGUGUGACAACUGCCUAUCAGGGCACCUCCAGAUGCAAGUGCCACAUCUACAGAUGGAAAUGGAACGACAAGAUCGUGAUUUCUGACAUUGAUGGGACAAUCACAAAGUCAGACGUCCUGGGACACAUCCUGCCGAUUGUUGGCAAGGACUGGGCGCAGUCUGGAGUCGCUCAACUCUUCACGAAGAUCAAGAAUAAUGGGUAUAAAUUGCUGUAUCUGUCUGCUCGGGCUAUUGGACAGGCAAGGGUCACUAGGGAGUACCUGAAGAGCAUUAAGCAAGGAGAUCUGUCACUACCUGAGGGCCCACUGCUGCUCAAUCCCACUAGCUUGAUUUCGGCAUUCCAUCGGGAGGUCAUUGAGAAAAAACCUGAGAGGUUCAAGAUCUCGUGUCUCAGUGACAUUCAGGCACUCUUCCCUGAGGGGUCGAAACCUUUUUAUGCUGGUUAUGGUAAUCGCAUCAAUGAUGUUUGGGCGUACAGAGCUGUUGGAAUUCCCAUAAUGAGGAUUUUUACAAUCAAUCAUCGUGGCGAGUUGAAGCACGAACUGACACAAACAUUCCAGUCAUCAUAUUCAAAUAUGAGUUUCAUCGUCGAUCACCUAUUCCCAGCCCUCCGGGAGGACGCUGCCGACGAAUUCAGUAAUUUCUCGUACUGGCGUGAUCCCAUCCAAGAAUUACCAAACAUCGGGGACAUGUUGAAAGAGCUCCAAGUCACUCAAUAAUACCCAAAUUCGCCAGAAGACGUAAAACUAAGAUAAACUGCUUGUCGAUUUCGUUCUCAUUGUGUUCGUGAAAAUUACUCACCUCCCUUUCGGAGAAUUGAGACAAUUACGAUGAUAAUAAUGGUAAAUAGUCGUCAUUCGCAUUCAAGCUAACUUUUGUACUGUACGAAUUGAGAAAAAAAAAAUGCAAAUCACGAUUUAAUUGCUUGAGAUGAGGAUUUGGCGGUGAAAAUUGAUAUUGGAAUCGUACUUAUUCAUUGCUUUAUGUAUUUUCGUAGUGAGAUAAGUCAUCAACAUCAGCAGGGUAUGAUAGUGGUGAAGAUAAAUAGCAUUCCAACGAUGGAUAUGUGAAUAGUGGGUUUAUUAAUUUAUUAUUAGUUUAUUUUUCUUUGAUUUUGGAAAUGAGGAAGAGGCCUACAAUGUUUCAUUCUGCCUUUUCAGGGAUUUUCUAGUCGAGAAAUUAAGUAAAUGAAUUUAAUUCUAGGAUGUAUUGAAACAAAAAUUGAUGUUAAUCUUCAGCAAUUGUUCCAUCAGAUUUAGAUUAUGAAAAAUUAAUCGAUGGAGAAUGUUACCUUUGUGUCUUGUCGAAUGCUCGAGAUAAUUUAUAUUUAUUUUUGUACAAUUUAUUCAUUCAAUUGGCACUAUUUUGAUGCCACGUAGAUUUAAUGGACAGGAAAAAUUAUUAAAUAGACGUGAAUUCAUUGCAUUGUGAUAUUUGGGUCAAAUUUGCAGGCAGAAUUUAUCUCAAUUAUUUGAGGAGUUUGAAUACUGAUAGAAAGUUGUGAUGAUAACUUUUUUCUCCUUUGACUGUGAGCAGAGAAUUGACAAAAGUUAGAUAAUCAUCAACUGAUUGAUUGCAAUUUUUGUAUCAUUUGUGAUUUUUUUUUAUUUAUUGAGCAAUUUGGGGAAAUGAUAAUUUUUUUGUGACAGGAUUGAAUUCCUAUGGUCGCAGUGCGAUUCUCCGUCUAACGGGAAUAUUUUUCCUGAAUAAUAAUCAUUGAUAAAACGAAAAAUGACAAAAUUGAGGAAAUGACAAAACAAUUGUAGUUAAACUCAAUAAUUUUGAAGAAUUGGGGGAAAUUAUUUUUCACCGAAUCAUUGUAAUAAAUUAAUUUACAGAUAAUAAUGAAGUUUGUAAAUACUGUAGGCCAUUAUUAUUAUUUCUCAUAAUUACGAAAACUAGUUUUUUUCAUGAAGUUUAUUUUAUAAUUUAAAUGGAGUUAAUUUUGUAGUUCAGUUAAUCAAUUAUGAAUUUUCUAUGGAUUGAAAAUGAUGAAGUUUGAUGGACCAGAUAGAUCUCACUCGCUCGUGCACACGCUUACCUAUACCGAAACGAUGAAAUCGUACUAAAGAAAGGUGUUUUUGUAUUUGAAAUAAAAUGUGAUGAAGCUAUGAAAUAUUUCCCUCCAGGAUUUCAAUGUCCUGGAAAUGUUUGAGCUUCUGCUAAAUGUUAUGAAUGUAUCUGUAGCAAAAAAACGGUGAAAGAAUGAAAAAGAAAAAUACACAAAGUAAUCAGCUUA